CGGGCUCACCAUAGCCCGUGCUACAUGGCACUUGUUCCGAGUAGCUGACUGUAUCAGAACAACAUAGCGCAGACACCGACGUUGGUCUUGACGCCGGCAGGAGGAGGCGAGGGCAGGGCCCGGGUAUAUAAGGCGGGUUAUGGCGGAGGAAGUUCAGUUGAGUGGUGAGAGAGGUGCCGGGGCGGUCAUGUGGACGACGGUGUCUCCACGCCUCCACUUGCUACCCAUCCUCCACCUUCCCUUCUUCCUCUUCCUUCUCCUCCGCCUCUUCCUAGUCUUCUCCACGGCCCAAGGACGCGCCUCCCCACCAGGUCCGUGGUGGUCAACAUCAUCGGAAGGGGGCGUGGUUAGUCAGCCUGUCUGGCCACGCCCUCCGGAAGGAGGUGUGGUUAGCCAUUCUCUCUGGUCACACCCUCCAGAAGGAGGCGUGGUUAGUCAACCCGUGUGGCUACGCCCACUAUCCACCCUGCCUCACUUCGACUCCUAUCCUUCGUUCGUCACCCACCACCACCACCAUCAGGCGGCCUUCGGCUCUGCUAGUGAUCUGGGGGACUACGACGACCUGGUGAGCCCCGGGGACCUGGUGAGUGCUGACAACCCUGAUCUGAUGGGCGCCGACAGCUCCGUGGACUCGAUGGACACCGGUGAUAUAGUGAUCCCUGGGGAUCUGUUGAGCUCCGGGAGGGUAGUGAGCUCUGGGGAUGUGGUGAGCACUAGAAGGAUGGUGAGCACUGAAGAGCGUUUCCGUCAAAAUGACGUGCUAUUCCCCGGUGACAUAGUGAGCCCCGAAGACUUUUUAGACUCUGGUGACUUGGUGAUUCCUGGGGACCUGGUGCGCUCGGAGGACCUAGCGAGCACCAGUGACCUGGAGAACCCUGGACGCACUAAGCGGAAAGUUAUCUCCAGCGGCGGUCACUACAUCGUCUGGAGCAGGUCCGGCACCUCGCCCUGGAGCUCCACCAGCUACGAGAGCGUCGUCGGGGACUACAAGAUCAACCACCACCGCGAGUACGGCUGGAACCCCCGAGGCCAGAUCGGCGAUGGCGGCUCCAGGAAGACCUACCCUCCCCAGCGGGAGCCUGCGAGAGACCGACGCAACCCCAGGAAGAAACUGAGCAAGUCCUUCAAGAGGGAGAUCGCCCAGUACGCCAUGGUGUACGGGACGCAAAACGCGGCCCUCCACUACGAGAAGACCAUCGGCAGGAGACUUAGAGACAGAGUCGUCAAUAAGUUCGUCCAGAGAUACCAGGAGAGACGGAAAAGAAGGAGGAGGAGGAGACGACGACUCGGUCAGACUUAAGAGACUCGUGUGAGACUUAAGAGGCUGGCGUGAAGUCUUAACGAGUGAGGUGGAGCACUGUUUUCCCAUCUGGAGGAAACUGAAGAACACGGGGAAGGUCUCCAUGUUCAUCUCACUCAAAGCCUCAUCUUGAAGGCGCAGGGAAACCUCUUGAGGGCUGCGAAGUACCCUUAAUAGCCCAGAGAACCUUCCAGAGAGUCCAACUGUGGUGUUGAAGCAACAUGUGACUCCAUACCUGGCUGCUGGCACUGCCUUCACCUGUACCCUUCACUCCAUACCCAUACUACUCCAUACGCUAGUCCCCCUCAUCCAUCCCACACCCAUACCACUCCAUAAGCUAGUCCCCUCAUCCAUCCUACACCCAUACUACUCCAUACGCUAGUCCCUCCAUCCAUCCCACACCCAUACUACUCCAUACGCUAGUCCCCUCAUCCAUCCCACACCCAUACUACUCCAUACGCUAGUCCCUCCAUCCAUCCCACACCCAUACCACUCCAUACGCUAGUCCCCUCAUCCAUCCCACACCCAUACUACUCCAUACGCUAGUCCCUCCAUCCAUCCCACACCCAUACUACUCCAUACGCUAGUCCCUCCAUCCAUCCCACACCCAUACUACUCCAUACGCUAGUCCCUCCAUCCAUCCCACACCCAUACUACUACAUACGCUAGUCCCUCCAUCCAUCCCACACCCAUACCACUCCAUACGCUAGUCCCAUCAUCCAUCCCACACCCAUACUACUCCAUACGCUAGUCCCAUCAUCCAUCCCACACCCAUACUACUCCAUACGCUAGUCCCUCCAUCCAUCCCACACCCAUACUACUCCAUACGCUAGUCCCUCAUCCAUCCCACACCCAUACGACUCCAUAAGCUAGUCCCCUCAUCCACUCCACACCCAUAUUGGGUAAACUAACUGCUCUAAAAGGUACUUUAUUUUUUCUAAAUUUGUUAUUCACAAAUAAAAUUUGAUAAACAGA